CUAAUCUGAUUAUAUGACCUGAGAAGGCAGGACGUGAUCAGAAGGGAGGAGAAAGGACGAAGCCAGAUAAUCUCCAGUCUGUCGGCUUGUUCUCUUGUGGUGGGAAGAUAUGCCUCUUUUUAUUAAUCGGGACCAAAUAUUUGCACAUCAGGUGCAUCUGCUGGAGCAUAAAUUAAGGAGUAAAGAAGAGCGAAUACUUGAGCUGGAGACAGAAAAUGCUAUUCUUCACUUAAGACUUGCUGAGUGUUUGGGGAAGCUACGUCGGGACCGUGAGGAGGACACCAAGGCAGUGAACAAUCAUCCUCUCAAGACAAAAAUAAUUCAGUCAUCCCUGAUCAAGCUCCACUCUCAGGUCCAGGCCAUGAAGCAGGACCUGAGUGAGGUGGUUGCAGUGUACGUGAACUUUGUAUCUGAGUUGGAGGAUAAAAGCAAGCAGCUGCUGGAGAAAGUGGAGAAGGCUAGCUCCUGUCUGAGUGGUUACCCUGCCGAUGAACUUCAGAAGUUGCAGGCUCAAAUUGCAGCUUUGGAGUGCUCUCUGGUGGAAGAAAGAGAGAGGUGCAGAUCAGAGAGGCAGAAAAGAAAAGAACUUCACAACACGCUGGUGGAGCUGAGAGGGAACAUCAGGGUUCACUGCAGGGUGCGUCCAGUUCUACCCUUGGACCAUGUCCAGCUCCCCACCUGUGGAUCAGGGCUUGUUUCAUCAGAAGAAGUAGUGCAUGCAGUCAGUGAUGACACAGUGAUGGUGGAUUGCUUGAAAGCAGGGAUGCCAGUGCAACAGAAGAUGUUUGAGUAUGAGAGGGUGCAUGGACCAGAGGACUCACAAGAUAUUGUGUUUGAAGAAGUAAAAUCACUCGUCACAUCCCUGCUAGAUGGCUAUAAUGUGUGUAUCAUGGCAUACGGUCAAACGGGCAGUGGGAAAACUCACACCAUGUUGGGAUGCCAGCCGCUGGAGGAGCCCUCAGGGAUGCAGCAGGAAGCUCAGCAGGGCAUCGUCCCCAAGGCUGCUGCUGAGCUCUUCCGGCUGAUCUCUGAGAAGCCAGCUGACAGUCACACUGUGGAAGUGUCGGUGAUGGAGGUGUACAACAACGAGGUGUACGACCUGCUUGCAAGAGAUGAAAAGGGGAACGCCGGCGGCCAACGCAGAGACGUCAUCACUACCGCCUCCGGUGCCAGCCAGGUCACCUCCCUCACGUAUGAGCCUGUGCACGAUGCCUCUGAGGUGAUGCAGAUUAUCCGCAGGGUUCUCAAGCUCAGAGCGCACUGCCCCACUCUCGUCCACAUGGACUCCUCUCGCUCUCACCUCGUCGUCAACCUCACUGUUUCCUCCAAGAGCCCCAACGCUAUGGCCCUGGCCCGCAGACUGCAGAGAGCCAAAAGAGACAUGCAAAGCUCCUCUCAUAAAGAGUGGUGGAGUCCACGCUGUCGCCGUGCCAACCCAUCAGCUCGCUGCUCCCCCGAGGAGCUGCUCCCAAGCCCCGCCUCCUCCCUAGGCCCCUCCCCCUCGCUGUCCCCUUGCCCCUCCCCCAGGGCCAGCAUCUCGGAGACUACGUUCAGGACCAAGCUGCAGCUCGUGGACCUGGCGGGGAGCGAGUGUGUCGGUAUGACCGGCGUCUCCGGGGCGGGUCUGUGGGAGGUGUCGUGUAUCAACCGCAGCCUCUCGGCUCUGUCUGACGUCCUGGGAGCUCUGGCUGAGCAGAGACCACACGUGCCCUACAGGAACAGCAAGCUCACGCAUCUGCUACAGGACGCCAUUGGGGGCGACUCCAAGCUGCUGGUGAUGCUGUGCGUGUCUCCCACGCAGCGCUUCCUCGCAGAGUCCCUGCAGUCUCUGGCCUUCGGGGCCAGGGCCCGGCAGGUGCAGAGGCAGCGGCCCCACAGGAGAAGCAAUGUGCUCAAAGUGAAGUGACGAGGCAGAGCAGGACGUGGCGACAACCCCCAUCCUCUACAAGUCUGAGAGACGGAGUGAAAAAAAGAGGCUACACAACCCUUUAGAUCAGAUCAGUGGACCAUUAAAAACAGUACACCCAUGUUCAGAGCCUUGAACAAGUCUCUGUAUAUUGUAGUGAUUUACACUUUAAACUUGUCUUUAUUUAGAUCGUUAUUAGGGUGUGUAGAUCAUUCCUUUUUGUUUUGUUUGCGAUAUGCAAAAGCUUUGAAACAGCCCACGUCCUCAUUUACCCCCGUGUCUGCUUGCCUUCCUCCUCUGCUUUUGCAGCUACAUUUGUACAGUAUUCAGACACAUUUAAUUCAUCCAAUAUACUGUGUGACUGCUUUUUUCCCCUUUUUUUUGUUACAUGCUCAGAGCCUUGGCGGAAUAG